ACAUCCUGACGGAUGCUGUCGGCGGCCUUCCUGUUCUUCAACUUAAACCAUGUCCCAAAUGCCAGCUCUGCCAGUUAUGCUGGAUCCGGCAGCAGUUGCAGCAUGCUAUCUGACGACGCAGCAGUCGAUUGAGAGUCUGGAAACUGUACAUUAGGCUGUGUGGAGCAUCAGCGCAUCACUUGGCAAUCACCGCCCGUUUGAAAGUUUGUCCAGUCGGUGAGCGAAUUUCAACUUUCAAUCUCUGUGUUGGGGGAUUUUCAUAGGCCACGUAGGCCCAAGCGAACAAUAAAAACGUAUUCGAAUGUACCUGAGCACGAGGAAUUUCGUAAGUGUAGGCAUCCUCGAAAAAAAGACGCCAAGUGUGUGGAGAGUCACCGCUAAUUUUGUCGCAGAUCUCGAUUUUCUGUCGGCCUCGGCGGAAACGUGACUAUAUUAAAACUUGUUUGUUUCCAGGACAAUCCCAGUUUUCUUCUCCCUCUCCCUCUCUCUCUGUGUCCACGUCCUUGACUGUCCCCCCUCGUUCAAGGACACUCCCAUUCUUUAGUCCCCCACGCUCUCUGGUCCGCUAAAGACUACAAGCAUGCCGCGCUCCGCGACUUUCCUGGGCCUCGCCGCCCUCGCCGCCUCCGCCUCCGCCUCGAGCCACUCGUUCAAGCGGGUCCCGCACAACCACGCGCGCCACCUGGAGCACCAGGCCCCCGAGUGGAAGCGCACGACCAACUCGGGCACCGCGUACUUCGGGUUCCAGAACGGCACCCAGAACGCCUGCGGGACGCACUCCUCCGACGAGGACAUGAUCGUCGGCCUCGGGUCGACGAUCUACGGCGACCUCGGGACUGUCUCGGAUGUCUGCUUCCAGCACAUCACGAUGUCCCUGGCUUCGGAUCCGUCCAAGAGCGUCGACCUCACCGUCGUCGACGCCUGUGCGCAAUGCGGCGCGGAGGGAAACACGUACAUCUCCCCCGCCGCUUUCAAGGCGCUGAACGGCGGCUCGCUCGACGCCGGCGAACUCAAUGUCGUAUGGUCGUUCGGGUCCGCGCCCAAGCCUGCGGUUGCCGCUGUGUCGCCUGCCAAAGCCGCAGCGGCCUCUACCUCCACUUCCGAGGCAGCCCCGUCCGCGACGACUACCAGCACCACCGCCUCGAGCACUGCUUCGAGCACCACGUCGAGCACUACCUCCACCAAGGCCGCGGCUCCGACUACGACCUCCAAGGCAUCCCUGACCACCAGCAAGAAGCCCGCAACGACCACGACGAAGCCGGCCCCGACGACUUCGACCGCCCAGCCUGCGUCGACUUCAUCCUCUGAAGGCUGGAAGCUGACUGACAAGCUCGAGGGCCAGGCCUUCCUGGAUUUCUUCCACUUCGAUUCCGGCACCGGUGACAACGGCGGAAACGCCAACUACGUGAACGGGGUGCAGAAGGGCCUCGCGUACACCCAGGGCAACCAGGUCGUCCUGGCCGUAGACACCGCCGACAGCGUCGCGGCGCGCAACUCCAUCCGCAUGGUCUCCGACAAGACCUUCAACGCCGCCGGCCAGAACCUCUUCAUCUUCGAUAUCGCCCAGAUGCCUGCCGUCUGCGGCACGUGGCCGGCCGUGUGGUUCACCGGCGCCAACUGGCCGACGGACGGCGAGAUCGACGUCGUCGAGGGUGUCUCGCUGUACAACAAGAACAUCUACUCGAUCCACACCGGAUCCGGAUGCUCCAUCGCGUCCUCCGCCGUCUCCGCCCUGGCCGAUGUCACCAUCGUCGAGGCCACCGGUACCAACUGCGAUGCCAACUCCGACCCCGGUGCCUGCGGUUUCACCGACAAAUCCGCCACCAGCUUCGGCCCGGGCUUCAACAAGGCCGGCGGAGGUGUUUUCGCGCUCGAGUUCAGCACCGACGGGAUCAAGAACUGGUUCUUCCAGGCCGGCAGCGUCCCCAGCGACAUCACCGCCCGUGCGCCGACGCCGUCGAAGUGGGGCGCGCCGCGCAUGGCGAUCCCCGUCGACCAGUGCUCGCCCGAGCAGCACUUCAAGGACAUCAUGAUGGUCGUCGACACGAACCUCGGCGGGUCCUUCACGGAGGGCGUCUGGUCCGUCGACGGCGCGGGCGGGCAGGCGACGUCGUGCGCGAAGCAGACCGGGUUCAAGACCGCGAAGGACUACGUGCUCAGCCAGGGCCAUGUGUUCGGCGACGACGCCAAGUGGAUCAUGAACGGGUUCUACGUGUUCAACAAGUAAUUGUGUUUGUUUGCGUGAUUGCUUUCUUCUCGUCGCUGGGCCGGUCUCUCUGCUUUGCUUUGCUUCCCGACGGGGCCGGCCCCGUGCGCAGCAUCUGUGUGCUUCGUGUAUAUACAGCCCGUGGCCGUCAUCAUUACCCCUUGUUCCAUCGCAUUAGCAUUCUGUUGUCUCUCGGACGUUGCCUAUACCAUUUGCAAAUAUCCCAAUCCAUUCUCAAUUUUACAUAGAGAACGCGGGGUCGUCAUGGCCUACUGUGAGACUGCCC